AUGUGGCUUCUUACUUCUCGAGGUGAUAGUGCCCCAUCUGCUGCACAAGUCCUCAGCGCCUCCAUCAUUCUCCUUGCAGGCUUCAUUUUGCGCUACAUAAAUCGAGGAUACCAGAUCAGAAAGCGGUUCCAAGCUCUCAAAGCGCAGGGUAUUCCCAUCAUGGACCAUUCCAUCAUCUUUGGCCACCUCAAGGUCGUCAGGAAGUUGAUGGCAAACCUCCCCCCUGACGCAUAUCCCGACUAUUUACAAACACAGCUCCAAGAUAACUGGAGACAACUAUUUCCUCAAUGCACCAAAUGCCCACCUGUAGUCUACCUCGACACAUGGCCCCUGGCAAACCCGUUAAUCGUCUCUCUCAGCGCAGACGUGUCGUCCCAGUUCAUGCAGCAGCAUUCCAUGCCAAGGUUCCGAGACGCAAAGGAUUUCUUUUACCCGCUGACCAAGAACCGCGACAUCGUCAGCAUGGGAGAAGCUGAGUGGAAGAUUUGGCGCAAGAGGCUGAACGUUGGCUUUGGUGCUCAGUACAUCACCAGCCGCAUCCCAGACAUUGUGGAAGAAGUUGAAGAAUUCGUCAAUGUUUUGAAGAGCAGGGCAGGUAGGGGUGAGACGUGGGGGCCGGUAUUUCUCCUAGAGCAUGCCACUAGAAAUCUCACCUUGGAUAUCAGCGUCCGUUUCUUCUUAAACAUGCGUCUGUACGAGCAAAGAGGGAAUCCAUCUUCGCUCGCAGUUGCUUUGGAAGAUACCCUUUCCAAGAUGAUGUUCCGAGUCAACAUCCUCAACGUUGUAGCAUACUACAACCCCUGGCGGCACUUUAAGCUCUGGUGGAACUACCGCACACUCACUCAACAGCUCAUCCCUCCAAUGCAAAGACGUCUGUCUGAACUGCAGGCAGACAGCACAAUUCCAAGAAAGACACUCAUUGAUCUGAUCGUUCAAGCGUUGGAGGAAGAGGCAGCCGAGGUGCAAGGAUCCAGCAGAGAGAAACCUAAGGACCUUAUAGGGCUUGCGAAUGACUCACUCGAGGUGGUUGUUGGCCAGCUCAACGUGUUUAUGCUUGCCGGGUUCGAAACAACUGGAAGUGCCAUCUCCUGGGUCUUCCGCUUGUUGUGUCAACAUCCCGCAAUCUUGGCCCGGCUGCGUCAAGAGCAUGAUGAAAUAUUGGGACCAGAUCCUUGGGGCGCUGCCGAUGCCUUGAAGGGAAACCCACAGUUAGUCAACACGUUGACAUACACGCAUGCCGUCGUCCGCGAGUCGAUGCGAGUCCACACCAAUGUUGGCACCAUACGUCAUGGCGACCCUGGCUUCUUCCUUACGGGUCCUCCAGGUUCAGGUCCUGGUUUCGAAGGAAGGAAGCUGCCUGCUAAUGACUUUGGUCUGUGGGACGGCGUGUCUGCCAUUCAUCGAGACCCCGAAAUAUGGCAUAGGGCCGACGAGUUUAUCCCGGAGCGGUUCCUCGUUACAGACACCAAUGACCCCCUCUGCCCACCACCCAAUGCCUGGCGAGCCUUUGCUGCGGGUCCCAGAAACUGCAUCGGACAGCACCUUGCUAUAGUUGAGAUCAAGUUGGUCAUGGCAAUUGCGGCGAGAUGUUUCGACUUUGACUGUUCGUGGGAUGAGUGGGAUCGAAGCAGGCAAGUUUCCGGCUUUGGCUUGACCGCAUGCUGCUAA